UAUCAAGAGGCUGGGCUUCACUGUAACCAGAAAGUUGAAUUUUAGAAACAAAACUUGUUACACGAAGAGAAAUACGUGUGACAUUCGCCCUUUUUUACUUCUAGUAAACUGGGGUUGUUUCGGAUCAGCACUCAGCAAGUGUUCAUGUCAUCAAGGAAGUAUUAGGUGACAUCAAGUCAAACAUGUUCUAAACGGUGAAGAGCCAACUGACUCAUCUCUUAAGAGCAAGGAUUCCUAUUUUACGUCUGGGAGGUGGUCUCCUCACUGAAAAUAAUUAAAUCUGUUAUUGUUUUUUGAACCUGUCAGAACCACAACUUGUUUACCAGUGCUCAAAGCCAGCUGCCAGAGUUUAGGAAGUGCAGGUCAUCUCCAAAUGGAUGACAAUGCUAUCAACAGAAGAGGUGGCCACCGAGGACGAGGUGGCAUAAGGGGAAGAGCAAGAGCAAGAGGUGGAGCUAAUGCUGACAACAGAAGAGAUGAAGGCGCUCCUUGGCUAGGUGGGAAUCGAGCCCCAAAUAACCAAAGAGAUGGUUGGAGAGGUAACCGUAUAGGAGCUGACCACAGGGAGCUGGAACAAGGUGUACUCGCAGGAGGUCGAAACAGGGGAGCAAACUUUGAAAUUGGAAGAAAUCAUAUAGUGGGAGAUGGAGAAUGGGAAGGGAGAAAUGAAAAUGGUGCUUGGAGGAGAGGGAGAGGAGGACGAGCUCCAAGAGGAGGACAAGGAAGGCCAAGUGGAGAACCCAGAGCUGGAAAUGAUCAGGGACCAGGUGCUAAGAGGCUGGGCUUUAAUUUUCUUCAAGAACUUUCUGAGAAAGAGCCUUCAGAAGUGGCCAUCACAUUAUCAUCAAGUGCUGCUUUACGCGAUCUUUUGGAGCAACCAUUUUUGAGACAAGACAUGGUGCAGCUUCUCUGCAAAGUUCUUAGCAAGGCUGUUGGAUGCCGGCUUGACCGAAAGAUAGUUCAGCAUUUAAUAGGAGCUCUUAAGAAUUCUGCUUUUCUCCAGACUGUCCUCCCUCAUUACAUUAUGGGUAUGGUGAUAGAGCCAGUGCCAGCUCGCCGGCGCCAGUACCCAGAACACUUGGAGCAGAUUUUGACUUUACUUUCUGAUAUGGUAAAUAUCUUCCCAGCCAGCUCAAUUCAAGUGGCCUCCAUGCUGGUGACAAUCCUUCAGCCAGUAAUUAACAGCUUACGAGCUACAGGUGUGACAGUGUCUGAAAAGACUGAACAGAACUUAGAGAAAAUCAUGGAAAUUGUUACUCAUCUUCAAGAGAAGCGAAGAGAUGGUACUUUGCAUUCUGAUACAUAUACCUUAAUGGGGCCUGAUGAAGUGAGUCCCCCGGGAGAGGGUGAUUUCAGGACCAUAUCCAUCUAUCCCACCUCCGAUGAAAUACAUGCUGAAGAGAAACCUUUUCUCAGGCCAAAUGUUAUUUCACAUGGCUAUGCUAGCACAGCUGUCUACCUCGACACACACUUUCGUCUGCUCAGGGAGGACUAUGUGCGCCCUCUUAGAGAUGGAAUCAGGGAGCUGCUAAGAAAUUACCUUGCCCCGGCAGAGAGGGAACAAGGGAACAUGAAGAAUAAAAGAUUUGAUGACAUCAGGGUAUAUUUUGACACUCGUUUGCUUGUCCCCCUCUGUACUCCCUCAGGCAUUGCCUACAAAGUGCACUUUGACACUCGACCAUUGAAGUUUGUACGCUGGCAAAAUUCGAAACGAUUGCUGUAUGGCUCUCUAGUGUGCAUGUCACGUGACAACUUUGAGACAUUUCUGUUUGCUACUGUGGCGGACCGUGAUCCAGAGGAUCUUCAGAAGGGGUUUGUAAAGCUCACAUUCAUGAAGGAAAGCCAUGAAGCACUUGCUGCCGUGCAGCCUUCUGACUCUUUCCUCAUGGUAGAGACAACAGCAUACUUUGAGGCUUAUCGUCAUGUACUUGAAGGGCUGCAGGAAUUGCAAGAGGAUGACCUUCCGUUUCAGAGGUACAUUGUGGAAUGCCAGUCAGAUGUCACCUACCCAGGUUACUUGAACAAUCCUGGAGCUCUUUUUGAUCUGUCUGUAAUUCGAGCUCCUCCUGAAGAGAGCAAUGAGCAGGGAGCUCCGAAGCAGCGGUUGCCUCUUUUACCAUUUGACGUGCGAAAUCUCAGGGCCUGGCCAGUUCAGGAGGAACUAGGUCUGGAUGAGUCCCAGAUGAAUGCUUUUCAGUUGGCAUUGACAAAGGAAUUGGCCAUUAUACAAGGACCACCAGGGACUGGAAAGACCUAUGUGGGGCUGAAGAUUGCCCAAGCUAUUCUGGCGAAUGAAAGAGUAUGGCAACGACAGCAUGACAGGAACCCUGUGCUGGUGGUCUGCUAUACUAAUCAUGCACUGGACCAGUUCCUGGAAGGCAUUCAUUCUUUUUUGGAAAAGGGUAUUGUGAGAGUGGGUGGCCGAAGCAAUAGUGAAAUCCUUAAGAGUUUUACACUGAGAGAACUGAGAGGUGCUAAGAAUUUUCGAAAAACUUUACCUAAUCACCUGCGACGAGCUUACUUUGAGAUUACAAGUGAACUGGCCCAGGCUGAACAUCGGAUCCGAGAGGAGGCAGGGCAUCUUGAAUGUAUCCUGCGUGGGGUUCUGCAUGAGCAAUUUCUGGAACGGUUCAUUCGUGUGGAGCACUGGAAUUCUCUCCAUUAUCUGCCAUUUUACAAGGACAUCCCUGUCUAUGGAAAAAAAGAUUCCCUGAUUCUUGAGUGGCUGGGCCUAGGAACUUCAGGCUUCCAGAUGACACAUCAUCAUCAGGAUGCAGAGCACAAUGCAGAAGCUGAAAAUGAAAAUGAGAACGAGGAUGAAGAGAGUGAAGAGCUGAUUACUGUGGAAGAACAGGCAGCUUUAAUCGAAGCUGAGAGGAUGAUUGAUGAAACUGACGUAAGAGACAAGACCCGCAAGAAGAAGGAGGACUCAACUGUGAAGGCCCUAUCCGGACUAUUGCUUGCCAUGAGCCUAGACCAUAAGGAGGAGCAGGAGGACACUUUGGGCAAUCAGGCUCCUCAAGAUGAUGGCUGGAAGAUGCAGCGUGAGCAGAAAAAAAGAAUCAAACAGCGCAUGAAGAAGGAGCUUCAGAAAACUUCAGUGAUGGAUAAGGAAGAGGAAGAAGGUAUUAGAGAUAUCUGGAGGCUUGAUCUGAAAGACCGCUGGAGGCUAUAUAGAUUGUGGGUGCAGCGCUACCAGACGGACAUGCGUCGUCGUGCUCAGCAGUCAGAACAAUUGUACCAGAAUGCUGCUGAGCGCCUUGCCGAGAUCCGACUGCGAGAAGACCUUUGCAUUCUGAAGGAGGCCCGUGUCAUUGGAAUGACAACCACAGGGGCUGCAAAGUUCAGGAAGCUGCUACAAGAAGUUAAACCCAGGAUCAUUAUUGUGGAGGAGGCUGCAGAAGUGUUGGAGGCACAUACAAUCACCACUUUGAGCCAAGCCUGCCAGCACCUUAUCCUAAUUGGAGACCACCAACAGCUUCGCCCCAGUGCCACUGUCUAUGACUUGGCAAUGAACUUUAACCUGGAAGUAUCCUUAUUUGAAAGACUGGUCAAAGUAAAAUUCCCUUAUGUCAGGCUCAAUUAUCAGCAUCGAAUGCGGCCUGAAAUCGCUCAGCUUCUCACCCCCCAUAUCUAUUCAGAGCUGGAGAACCACCCCUCUGUUGAGCAAUAUGAAAAUGUUAAGGGUGUCUCAUCAAACCUCUUUUUUGUGGAGCAUUCUUUUCCGGAGCAAGAAAUUCAAGACGGCCGUAGCCACCAGAACCUCCAUGAGGCCCAGUUUGUUGUGGCACUCUGCCAGUACCUAAUCUGUCAAGACUAUAAGCCUUCACAAAUCACAAUACUCACCACAUACACUGGGCAGCUUUAUUGUCUGCGUAAACUCCUUCCAGCACGUCGGUUUUCUGGGGUAAAGGUACAUGUGGUGGACAAGUACCAAGGAGAAGAAAACGAUAUUAUCCUUUUAUCACUUGUUCGCAGCAACCAAGAUGGCAAGGUAGGGUUCCUAAAAAUCGCUAACCGUAUAUGUGUGGCACUUUCCCGUGCCAAAAUGGGGCUUUAUUGCAUUGGGAACAUGAAACUGUUUGGGAAAAUUCAACUGUGGAGCAAUAUCCUGCACACAUUGAGAGAAAAUAAACAUAUUGGACAUUCUUUGAUACUUUGCUGCCAGAAUCACCCUGACACCAGGUCCUUAGUAUCAUCAGCCAAAGACUUCCAACAAGUACCUGAAGGUGGCUGCAGUAGACCAUGUGAGACACGCCUACAGUGUGGACAUGUUUGUACCAGAGCUUGCCACCCCUACGACAAAGAUCACAAACUUUUCCAGUGCUUAAAACCCUGUCAGAAAGUACUGUGUGGUUUAGGGCACCGUUGUCCUGGACUUUGUUUCCAGGACUGCCAGGAAUGCAUAGUCCCUGUGGAGAAGGAUAUCCCCUACUGUGGGCAUAAACAAAUGGUUCCCUGUUACGAGGACCCCUUAGACUUCAUCUGCAAAGUGCCUUGUCCUAAGAAGUUACGCUGUGGGCAUCCAUGCACAAAUUUCUGUGGAGAGUCAUGCACCAAAAAAUGUGCCGUAGUUAUACAGAUGAAAUUAGCCUGUGGCCAUGUGCAGGAGGUGGAAUGUUAUUAUAGAAGACAAGUAUCUGAGGGUGGCAAACAGCCAGCUUGCAAGGUAGCAUGUGAAACCAAGUUGCACUGUGAGCACCCCUGCUCUGGCACAUGCCAUACUUGUUUCCAAGGCCGAUUCCAUGUGGACUGCAGCCUAAUUUGCCGAAGACCACUCAUCUGUUCUCACCAUUGCCGGGAACCCUGCACAACUGACUGCCCACCCUGCUCUUUGCCAUGUGAAAACCGUUGUGUGCACAGCGCAUGUAAAAAAGCCUGUGGUGAACUUUGUGCUCCAUGUGUCGAGCCGUGUGAAUGGAGUUGUCCUCAUUUUAGAUGUACCAACCUUUGUCAUGAGCCUUGCAACCGUCCACCAUGUAAUGAGCCUUGCAACAAACAAUUAAAAUGUGGGCACCCCUGCAAUGGCUUGUGUGGAGAGCCAUGCCCAAAUAAAUGUCGUAUAUGCCAUCACACAGAACUCACAGAGAUUUUCUUUGGUAAUGAGGAUGAACCUGAUGCCCGCUUUGUUCAAAUGGAAGACUGUUUCCAUAUUUUAGAGGUGACAGGUUUGGACCACUACAUGAGCUUAGAUGGAGAAGGGCAUGGUAGCAAUGACGAAGAGAGAACUGACCAACAAAAUAGAGUAAUUAAGCUGAAGGACUGCCCAAAAUGCCGCACUCCAAUUCGCCGGAACUUGCGUUACGGCACCAUUAUAAAUCAAAGUCUAGAUGAGAUUGAGAAGGUCAAACGUCUUAUUCUUGGCUGCCCUGUGGAAGCCGAAAAGAAACAGAAAUACUUAAGUCGUCUGCUAAAAGAAAAACAAAGCAUCAGUCUUCUUUUACCAAAAGAAUUCCAAAAUCUAAAAUCACAGCUGAGCCAACCUGAGCUUCCUCAGAGAACUUUGAAUCUUCUUGAGAUCAUGAUGACUUUUUAUGAGAGGCUAGCCAAAUUGAAAGAAGCCGAGCGGAAAAUGGAGGGAGAGGCACUGAGAAUUUUUAAUACGCGGGUGGCGGAAUGCAUUGAGUGGCUGGAAAGUCCUAGUAUGCGUUUCUCUGAGCAACAGAUCUUUGAUCUGCAGAGAGAGUUUCAAAGACUAGGUUUGCUGGCAAAUCUGAAUGAACGAUGUAGACUUGCUCAUGUUGCAGGAAGGUCUCUGAGCCAGGAAGUGAAAAAUGAUGUGGCCUGUUUACGUGACCUCCUACAGGGUAGGUCCAAGUUCACCAGUGAGGAUGAAGAGAAAGUCCACAGAAAGCUGGAAGAGCUAAAUUCUGAUCUCCCCAAGAGUGGACUAGGGAUUACGCAGCAGGAAAAAGAGAUGAUAGUUCGGGCAAUGGGCCUCUCUCAAGGGCACUGGUACAAGUGUCCUUCUGGCCAUGUUUAUGUCAUAACAGAGUGUGGAGGAGCCAUGGAAAGCAGGAAAUGUCCACACUGCAACCAUGACAUAGGUGGCAGCAACCACGCCUUAGCUACUGGAAAUCAGGUGGCAACAGAAAUGGAUGGAGCCCUUCAUCCAGCAUGGUCUGAGGCCAACAAUUUGCUGAAUUUUGAGGAUAUCAGGAGGUUGAAUCUGUGAUCUAAGUAAGUAGUAAGAAAUGGAAGCUGAAAAACAUGAGGAUUAACUAAAUAAUUUAGAUUCAAAUCAUAGAUACUAAAACCUAUAUUUAUAUAGAGACUAGUUUAAGAAUCUUUUAAUGAACAGACAAAUGCUGUAUGAAUUUUGUUUAGAGGAAGCACAUAAUCUAAGCCAUAUGGUGAAAUGUUAAUAAGUAAAGGGCUAGGCCAUGCUACAGAUACUCCUUCUCAACUUCAAACCUUAUUUCUUUUGUUCUGUUAAAUUAGCUUUUCUGUGGGCAGCUGUUUUACCAAUUUACUUUUAUUAUAUAUUUAUGUACCUGGCCCUUUGCUGCAGUGGGCUCCUGUUGAAUGUAGAUACUUGCCUUUCUUCUAAUACUUGACAACCCUCUAAAAGUUGUGGUUAGUAAAUAGAUGAAUGAACAAAUGAAUUGUUCUUGUUCUAUCUCCAAAAUAGUAAAAUGUCAACCCCAAUUUAUAGACUUCUCCUUCAGACAAGAUGGGAGUGAUUAAAACCUACAGCUUUGACCUUGACAGUGUCUAUGUCAGUUGUACAUUCUAAUGACACAGUAGCCCUUUUCAUUGCAGAGUAUAGUAGAAUACAUGGAAGUAAUGAACUGCCCUGUCUCUACAAAUAACAGCUUAGUGUCACUGCCCUUAAUCUGUUGAUUUAACUGAUUUGUUAAAUAAUCCCAACUAAACAGUGUCUUUUCCAUUCAGAGAAAUCUAAUGUAUAAAGCUAAAUGUGUGUUUUUCUGGUAAAUGGAUCUACACAUUGAACUCAUCUUUGCCAAAUUUUGCAUAUAUCUCCCAUUUGUAUGAUAGAAGAACACAGACUAUGGUUCGUUCCAAAAUUUCUCCCCUUUGGGAACUUCAUUUAGUGACCUUACCUCCUCUUUAUUAAGGAAGUGCCCCUAGGAGGCAUUUUUGUAAGUUGGAUCAGACUGAUGGUUUGUAGGUAAAAUUUAUCACUCCUAGGGAAUUUAUUUAGUGACUGCACCUGGCGAGCACCAGGAACCCUUGCUUUUAAUUCAUAUAUUUGAUUUCACCACACAUCAUGCAGUCUAUAGUGCAGAUUGGUGGUGUUUUUUAAAACAUUAACAAUACAAAAAUGUUUUUCUUGUUAACUUUGUAAGUUGGAUCAGACUGAUGGUUUGUAGCUAAAAUUUAUCACUCCUGGGGAAUUUAUUUAGUGACUACACCUGCACUUAAUUCCACUCUGGCGAGCACCAGGAGCCCUUGCUAUUAAUUCAUAUAUUUGAUUUCACCACACAUCAUGCAGUCUGUAGUGCAGAUUGGUGGUGUUUUUUAAAACAUUAACAAUACAAAAAUGUUUUUCUUGUUAACUUAAUGAUUGUUACUAUUCCCCUUGUUAAUGCAAAAAAACAAAAAACAAUACAAUGACAGUGAUUAGAGCAAUAUUCUGUGAGCACAGCCGAAGAGAAAAGAUCAACUAAAUAACCAUAUACUCACAGACAGUCAUGGAUAAUAACUUGAAUAGAGAUUAUUAAAAUCAGAUACACAUCAUUGCAUCUCUGUGUUUGUGCUGUUUAGCCAGUGGCAGUGAAGACUGUUAAAUAUACUUAGUUUUGACAAUAUGUACUGAUAGAAGCCAUGUCACAUGAGUUGAGUUUUCCAGUCGGAGUUUUCAUUUGCACAAUCUCAGCACAACGGUGACAGUCGGUGACAUGUUGCUGUAAAUCCCAGUUCUGUAAUCAGACAUACCCAGUGACUCACUCUAACAAGUCCACGACUUGACCUGACAAAGCAGUUUUCAUUUUGUCUUAAGUUGUAGUGGCAGGCUUUGUGUACACGACAGCUGACUACCAGUGUGCGCUAACUCAGAGGUACAGUUCAUAUAAUGCAGCAACAAAGAGUAAAGAAUACAGGUGUUUUGGACCUUGAAUAGAGAAGAGUCUUGUUUGUUUGACAUCUCAAGUUUUAUAUACCACAACAGAACAGAAAAGAAUAAAUACAGGGCAUAGAUUGUAGCUGAACUCUCUGUAUCUGUUAACUGUACAUACAGCACUGGCUCCAUCAGGCAGCAUGUUAUUGGCUGUCGUCACAAAGUCACUAAAUUGACAUGUCCAGUGAUUUUUAGCAACUUUAGCCAUUAAGUCUGACAAACUCUCCAAGUAGAAGACAUUCAAUGUGACAUGGGCUUAAAAGUUUCAACUUGCCUUUGGACUGAAAAAGAACAAGUCAUAUAUUUGGUCAAUCUAACAAAAAUAUUGAUUCUCAAGAAGUUUUGAAAUCAUAACUUAAUAUAGUAUGUUAAUUUUUCGAACAAGUCAUGGAUAUUGAUGUGUAAAGACAAAUAAAAAUGCAAUUUCAAUUCAGGGAAAACAUGAGACAUUUGUAUUAAAACCAAAUUAGUCUUUGCCUUCCAGAUAUGCUCUUGAAAAAUAGACUAGUUUAGACAGUUUAGGGAAAUUCAGAUGCAUACAGCAGCAGAAACAUAAAAAAAAAAGGUAUACCGACUCACAAGACAGAUGAUACUGCCAAUAAAUAAAUAAAUGUAUAUCAUAUAUGUAUGUAUAAAAUAGUGUUUAAUAGUGAGAGUCAAAAGUGUCAAUUUUAUACAUUUGGAACUUGAAUGAGCAUAUGUAUACAAAAUAAACAACCCCCAGACCUGGUUACUAGUUACUAUUUUUACAUAUCUCAGUUCACGAUCUUACUUUCCUUGCUAAUGUUUUGAUACACUGCUUUUUUAUAAUGCUAUAAAUUAAGGAAGAGCUCAGAUUAGUGGGGCACAAUGGCUACUGAGCCCUGAGUUUGAAUCCUGGUCUUGUUACUAUCAGUGGACAAUUCUCAGAGGACUAGAUGUCCUGGCAGUUUCCAAUGUAGUUCUAUGCAUUGCACUGACUAUACUGUAGGUGUCAUUACUUACUCCAAAGUAUUUGUCCCAUACUUUAGAUAUAGCUUAACUCCCAGUGUUGUAACUUAUGCACAUAUCACACUGUACAUGUAGUUGCAUGUUGCACCUUGAAAUGCUCUUUAGUGCUCUAUAUUUAUGAUCCUCCCAAUAUAUAUUUUAUGACAAUUCCAACUGAAUGAUCUUUAAUAGAAUUAUGACUCAUGUACUUUUUCAUCCCCAUUCUGUGCUAUGACCCUGCUUCAGACACGCAGCCGAGUAAAGGACAUGUUUAGAUAUUUUUUUUAAAUUAUUGCUCAGUUGUCAGUAACAUUCUGUCUUUGAUAUGGAAGUUUACAGUUUGUGAUUAGUGGUUUGUGUCCUAUGAGGUGGUUUGUUUCUUUAUUAUUGCUCUAAUAUGCAUAACACAAUGUUUCCAGGGCAUUAAUAACAUAACCUGUAUAAUCUGAGUGACUGCGUAGAGCUGUGCGUUAUUGCUUAUGUGAGCAGAAUUAACAAUGUUAAAGAUAUGAGUAUGCAUUCCACUGCUGGCAUUAUUAAAUCUGUAUCAAGAGAGUCUGAAAAUAUGACAAAAUGUAAUUAGACUUACAGAUUAUUAUAAGAUAUGCAACCACCUACAAUCCCUCUUAUUGCCUGUUUUGCUACUAGAAUAAUCUGGUAACUCUACUCAUUCUGCAUGUCUCAGUGGGAUGUUCUCCAGGUUAUCCAUUGUUCCUACCAAAGGUUAAGUUAUAUUUCACUAUAUAUGUGUGAAUUCCUUGGUUCUGAUGACCCAUAAUCUUAAAAUGUCUUUUAAGUGGUGUAGAGGAGUGGCUAGGAAGCAACUAGACGUGCAGGCAAUAGGAAGGGAUUAAUAAACAAGGAUAGAGUCUAAUGAUGCCCUCAUGUUAAGAUAAGCUUUUGCAUGGAAAACUUGGCCAAGUCAAGAAAGAAAAUGGGUCCAAAUACAAACAUUAAUCAGACAAUGAAGCAAUAUUAAAUAUAGAAGUCCCACAAUCUGGUAUGGAUGCCCAACAUAUUAUUUGUGGCACUCUUCUAUGUAUUAUGAUGGCCAGGCAACCUAUGUAUAAUAUGAAGGGCCACCCAACCAUUGACCCUUUGGACAGGCAGCUAUUGUCUAUAUUUAAUGUCCUUAUUUCUGUCUCUUACUGCCUGCCCUUCAGAUCGCUUUCUAGACACCAUGUGUACCAGCGUCAAUUAACAGAUGGAUGGUUGAGUUAGAAUUAUCAGUAAGUUAACCAAUGACUGCUUCUGACUGCUUCCAAAUAUAAAUUAUUGUUUUUGGCUUUGACAAAAUUAUAAGGGCACAAAUUUUAUUGGGUGAAAUGAUGUUCUAUUUAUCAGUUUUACUGCCUGUAAACAGUAUCAUCUAAUUGACCAUUAAAAACUUGCAUUAAGCUCAUUCCUGCGGUGCAAUUUGUUUUCCAGCCUAUAAAUGAAAAAAUUAUAUUUUAGAAGCCUGCAUCGUAUAAAGUGUAUUGAUCAAUAAAAAUGGAUCCCUAUGGACCUGUAUUUUCUUGCAGAGAUGCACAUACUAGUUCACAUGUAAUAUGAGCUAUAUGCCUGUCUCUGUUUUUCCAUGGCAUUUCUCACUCUUUCUCAGGUUUUUCUUGUAUUAUGUUUGUUUUGUGUGUGUGUCUCUUGGCCUAUAACACAGAGGACAUGGAUGGAAUGUUCAGGGGUCGUCCAUACCCCAGGCCUCCUUUGUGAGUAAGACCACUAGAUAGAGUAUAGCUCCAUUUACUCUGUCAGUAAAAGCUAAAGGUUUAGCAAAUUACAGUUCAGUAUUAGCUUACAAAGGAACAUCAUAUUGAAAUGGCAACAUCAACCCUUUAUGGGAAAGAUGCACAAGUAUGACAUUAAAGGACCGCAGUGGCUUCAGGCUCUUUUCCACUGAAGCCAACCCUAGGAGAAAAUAAACCUUACGUCAUAUUAUAUGGCUUGCUGGGAUUUUCAGUUUUUUAGGUCAUUUUUGCAUUGUGACUUUAUCUUUUCUUGGCUUAUCAUCCACAUGAUUUAUUGGUCUGGAGCAAAUGAAUAAUUCUCAGUCUUUACUUUUUUCACUUCCCAUUUUUGUUUUAUUGAAAUGAAUCUUUCACACUGGCAAAUAGGAUUAAGUUAUAUGGUAAGUGGCAGGCUCCUUUUUCAUCUACAUUUCAUUGGUAAUUGGUUACUGGUUAAGAAAAUAAACCAAAUAAAAAGAGUGAAUGCUAUUUAAGACUAAAACAAGGAAUUAAGUGUUGGGAAUCUUUUUAAAAUAAAAUUAUGCAUAAAUGUGUUUUAGCAGUUUAUGUUAAACAUUUUAAGUUUAGAAGAAGCUUCCAUCUAUGUUUCUGUAAGCCUUGAAAACCUAAAACUGGUUGAUGAUAAAAUUGCAGGCGCUGUGGUCAAGUGGCAGGUUCAGUGCCGUAUUUUACACCGGUCAAGUUACUAUAGUUCAACUACUUGAACUUUAGAUAUAGAAAUGUAUAAAGAAAUGUAAUGUAUCUGUGAAUGGAGAUUAUACUUACUCUAAAUGGGACUGCAUAAAAAUAAAGAUGGUCUGAAUUUACUUCUCAA